ACUACACAUACACAGAGCAGUGCAGGACUGAGACCGAGACAGAGCCUUUCGCUCAGUGCCCUGCCUCUCGUUCGUGUGUGGGAGUAAUCUUGCUUAAUAAGUAAAUUGCAGCAGCUGAAAGGCAGGGAAUGGCUCGUUUUUCCCACUGCGUGGCUGGGUUGCAUCAGAAUUUCUAGUGAAAUGAAUUUUCGGCUCAGCUUGGUUCAGCAGCGAGGAGAGGAGGCAGUGCCACGAAGCUGCUUAGAGCACAGGAAAAUAACUGAACGCUUUUUGGUAACAGUGAGCUGUUACUUCGAAACCAUGCCUUGUAAUUACUACAUUUUGUUUGUGUUCAAAGCGUUAAUUUUGGAGGUGGGAAGUGAAACUGAAACUACUUAUUCUUCUGAAAGCUUAACCUGCCACCUCUGCAGCACGCGCUUCUUGCCAGCGGUGUGACCACUGGUUUGAGAAAAGUCCUCGGCGAAUGUGAGAUUUUCAGAUGUCCGACAAAGACCCCAGCCGAAGCUGAGCUCCAGCCGCUUUUCGGAAAAUAACAAGACGCCACCAGCACGUGCAGAGCAGAGCCUGGCUGUUCUCAAGGCGUGAAGCCACCGCCACCCCUGGCACCGGAGCUCCCCACCACAUCCCGGCCCUCGCGUCCCAGCUGACGGGCACAGCUUUGAGAAUUCAUUUCACCAUGACCUCUUUUGAAGAAGCUGAAACUGAGGAAACAGCAGCAUGCCUCCACAUGACUUUUUACCAUCCUUGCCAAGACGACAAGAUGAUGUUUCGCUGCCUGAAUUUCUGUAAGCGAGAACAGGUCAGGGCAGAUGAAAUGGCCAAAUUCGGCCGUGACCCUAACAUCUGCCAUUAUAACUUGGUGGAUACUCGUGUUUCUCGGAUUCAGUUUUCACUGCAGUUCUACAGAAAGCCUAACAGCUCAGAAUUGUGUUUUGAGAUAAAGAACAUGAGCAAGAAAACAAAGCUGUUUGUGGACCACACGGAACUGGGUUACUUAAACAAAAUCGACCUGCCAUGGAAGUGCAUCGUUUGUUUCGGGGACUACCAGAUUUUAAUGGAGAUUCAAGAAGGGGAGUCCUUGGAUUAUUUUGAGACUCACUUAUACUUGUCAAAAGUACCAAUUUUACAAGAAAAAUGCAUUCCAUUGGUACAACCCCUACCUGAGAACAGCAUUAUCCCUUCAUUGUUUCCUUCCCAAGGCAAAAGCCCUAUAGAGAUCGAUGAAAAUGAGUCAUGCUAGCAGAGAGGAGGAGGCUGGAUGAGAUUUUGAACCUGUGAAACCUGCAUGAUUUAGGAGCUGAAGGCCAUCAUCUCAACCUACUUUUUCAUGGUUCUCACUUGCUGUACAUCAGUCCUCUUACUGUUUUCAAUACCACGACAUAGUUUGUUGAACAGAAACAAAUUCCUGCCACUGCCUUUACCAGGGCGUACGUUCUCUCUGAUCUCCACUGUUUUCUACAUAAACAUAUCAGAGAUACUUUGAGCCACUCCAGUCCAUGGUAGCAGAUUCAAUUCAAGAACUGUGACUACGUGCCUCAUUGAUGUAUUUAACAGCUUUUAACAUAGAGCAUUCGGAACAAUGUUUUAGCCACACGUUGGUUAGCUAGGGAGGGAUGUAAUGUCUUGCUGCAUUUCUUAUACUUUUUUUUUAUUAUUUUUUAUUUUUUUGCUUUUGACAUUAAGCUCUGAACAGUAUUUUCAAGCCUAGGUUGUAACUUCCCAGAUUUUGCAGUUUAGAGCUACCUUGUCAGCAUAGUAUAUUUAAAUUAAUGUUUAUACUAACUUUGCAUAGAAAUCUUCUUUCUAUUUGGGAUUAAAAUAUAUAUAUAUAUUUUGCCAGUAAAGUGUUUUUGCUUGUGAAUGUAAAUAAACAUGCAAUAUUUGUGAUCAUGUUAUGUAAAGACCCAGCUAAGUUUUGUAGUAAAGCAUUUGGUUGUCCAGUAAAGAUUUGUCUUCUUGUACAAGCAUAGU